AUGCACAAAUUCAAGGAAAGGGUUGAGAAGCAAUUCGACCAGCUCGAAGAGAGCUUCAAAGACCACUCCCUACACGAUACCAAAGCCCAGGCCACGCACCUAAAGCACAAGGUCGGCAAGUUCUUCAACAUCGUCAACCCCAACCACCGUCACGAUGAAGAGCACGAGCGGGCCACCGACCGCAAGCGCUCCGAGAUCGCCGCCUCGCAUCGCUUCGGCUCCUUCGCCCCCAUCCACGACGGCAAUCGCCUGAAGUGGUACGUCGAUGCGCUCGACUACCUCUGGGCCGUCUCCGAGGCCCUCGAGAAGGCCACCGAGACCAUCUACAUCGCCGAUUGGUGGUUGUCUCCGGAAUUGUUCCUCCGCCGCCCGCCCGUCCAGCAUCGAGAAUGGCGCCUGGACCAGGUGCUGAAGCGUCGCGCCGAGGCCGGCGUCCAGAUCUACGUGAUCGUCUACAAGGAGGUCAACCAGGCCUUGACCUGCAACUCGGCUCAUACCAAGCAUGCCUUGCGCAAUCUCUGCCCCGAGGGUACUCCUGGUCAUGGCAACAUCCAUGUCCUGCGCCAUCCGGAUCACAAUGUCUUUGAGAAUGCCGCUGAUAUGACUCUCUACUGGGCCCACCACGAAAAAUUUAUCGUGAUUGACUACGCCGUUGCCUUCAUCGGCGGCAUCGACCUCUGCUUUGGCCGCUGGGACUCGAACCAGCACCCGCUGGCCGACGUGCACCCGGCCGGUCUGCGCGACGACAUCUUCCCCGGCCAGGACUUCAACAACAACCGCAUCAUGGACUUCCAGAGCGUACAGGACUGGCAGAGCAAUGAGCUGAGCAAGGCCGACUACGGUCGCAUGCCGUGGCACGAUGUGGCCAUGGGUCUAAUCGGUGACUGCGUCUACGACAUCGCCGAGCACUUUGUGUUGCGCUGGAACUUCAUCAAGCGCGACAAGUACAAGCGCAGUGAUGAUGUCGACUGGAUGCUGAUGGAAGGCCGCACCGGCGAGGAUGAGGAUAUCAUCGCGGUCCAGCGACCCAAGUACCCCUGCGGACAGUAUAUCCAGCAUCCCCUGAGUCCGUUGUCCAGUAAGCCGCGCGGCAACCAGGGUACCGUCCGCGCGCAGAUUGUGCGCAGCAGUGACGACUGGAGCAGCGGUAUUUUGAACGAACAUAGUAUCCAGAAUGCCUACUGCGAGAUCAUCCGCAAUGCCGAGCACUUUGUCUAUAUCGAGAACCAAUUCUUCAUCACGGCCACCGGCGACGAGCAGUACCCGAUCUACAACCAGAUCGGCCGGGCGAUUGUCGAUGCCUGCGUGCGCGCUGGCAAGGAAGGCCGCAAGUUCCGUGUGAUCAUCGUCAUCCCCGCUAUCCCCGGCUUUGCUGGAGAUUUGCGUGAUUCCGCAGCGACGGGCACGCGGGCCAUCAUGGACUAUCAGUACAAGUCGAUCUGUCGGGGCGAGAACUCGAUUAUGGGGCAGAUUAAGAAGGCGGGUGUUGACCCUACUCAACAAAUCUUCGUCUUUGCCUUGCGCGCCUAUGACCGCAUCAACAAGACGCCCGCUCUGAUCGAUCUCGAGAACAAGGCCGACGUGACCUACCAAGAUAUCCAGCGCGGUAUCGCCGAAUCGAUCAUGAGCGAGAGUGUGCAUCCGUCCGUCGGCAAGGACGGCGACAAGGGAGAGAAGAGCUACGACGACGACCCGCAGCAGAAGGAGGAAAAGGUGCGGAAACUCGAAAAAUUCGAGCAGCAGGUUGAAAAUGCCAAGGUGUUGGAUGGCGAUGCGAGCCGCGACUCGGUGGCCCACUGUACGAUGUUGAACGGGGGCAAGAUGUCCGAGGAGAAGUGGGAAGGCGAUCCCGAGGCAGAGAAGGACAAUAUCGUCCAGGAAGAGCUGUAUGUGCACGGCAAGGUGUGCAUCGUCGAUGAUCGGAUUGUCAUUUGCGGCAGUGCCAAUAUCAAUGAUCGAUCCCAACUCGGAUCCCACGACAGCGAAUUGGCGAUUGUGAUGGAGGACCAGGACUUCAUCGAGAGCCAGAUGGACGGCAGGCCGUAUAAGGCGGCGCGGCACGCCGCGACGCUGCGCCGGCAUCUGUGGCGCGAACACCUGGGCCUUCUGCCGGCGCAGGAUUAUGAUGCGAGCCAGCAUCCGAACGCGCGCAGCCCGGACGUCUGUCUGAAUCAGAGUGAGGACGGCCCCGAGGAUGCCUUCGUGACCGAUCCGCUCAGCGACACGGUCUGGAGCACCUGGACCGAGCAGGCUAGUGUCAACACCGAGACGUAUCGGAUGCUGUUCCGCGCCGACCCGGAUGACCAUAUCAAGACCUUUGAUGACUAUGACCAGUUCGUACCGCGUGGGGUUCGCCAGGGUCAUCUCUUUGACCCGUAUAUGCCGGCGGCGGAGGUGCGCCAGAAGCUGGAUCGGAUCAAGGGCCACUUGGUGUGGCUGCCGCUGGACUUUUUGUGUGAUGCGGAGAUGGCCGAGCCGGGGUUGGCUGUGAAUCAGAUUACGGAGAGCAUCUACACGUAG